AUGUCAACUCGAAAAUAUGAAUCGGGCUAUUCAAAACUCCUAAAAAAGAGAAAAGUUGAAGCUUUGAUUGAAUCACAAAAGGGGGCUUUAUUAAAAUUUGUUAAAAAAAGUAAAAAUGAAAAUAUCGGUGAUUGUUCGGUGACUGGACAAGUUAAUAGUGUAAACCAAGCUGAAAAUGUAAACCGAGAAGAUAUAGUUGACGAACAAGUUAACAAUAUAGAUCGUAAUGAAAACCGAGAUGAGAUAGCUGACGAACAAGUUAACAAUAUAGCCGCUAAUGAAAACCGAGAAGAGAUAGUUGACGAACAAGUUAACAAUAUAGAUGCUAAUGAAAAUAGGGAAGGAAUAGCUUGUGAAAAUGAAACUACAGUACCGAUUAAUAGGCAAGAUUCUAUUGAUUCUGACACCCAUGUAGAUAGAGAAGAACUAUUAGAAGAAUCAUCUCAAAAAAAUAUAUAUGACCCAAGUCAAUGGAUAACUAUUGACACAAAAUUGAGAGAUUUAUUAGUAGAAAAUGGUCCUGUAAAAGUUACCGAUAUAGAUUUUCCUAAAGAUGCAUAUGCAAGACGCUUUUGUUCAUCACUUUACAUUCAACAACUGUCUAAUGGAGAAAAGCGUGAAAGAAAAUGGUUAGUUUAUUCUCAAAGUUUAGAUAAAGUGUUUUGCUUUUGUUGUAAAUUGUUUAAAACUCUUCCUAGUACAAGUAAAUUAGCUCAUGAAGGUAGUAAUGAUUGGAGAAAUAUUAGUGCUAAGUUGAAGAGUCAUGAGAUGAGUAAUGAACAUAUUAUUAAUAUGAGUUCAUGGAUUGAUUUAGAAAUGAGAUUAUUAAAAAAUAAAACAAUUGACAAGCAUGUUCAAGAAAGAAUUGAUAGAGAAAGAGAACACUGGAGAAAUUUAUUAUUUAGAAUCAUUGCGGUUGUUAAAACUCUUGGAAAAAAUAACUUAGCAUUUCGUGGAACAAACGAAAAGAUUUAUCAAGAAAAUAAUGGGAAUUCCUGUAAUGCAUUUGUCGCUUAUAGAAUAAUGUUAACGAUUCCUGUAACUGUUGCUUCAGCAGAAAGAAGUUUUUCAAAAAUAAAAUUAAUAAAAUCUUAUCUAAGAUCAACAAUGUCUCAACAAAGAUUAAAUGGAUUGGCGUUAUUAUCCAUUGAAAAAGAAAUGUUAACUCAAAUUGAUUAUAAUAGUUUAAUAAAUGAUUUUGCAUCUCAAAAAGCUCGAAAAAUAAAAUUUAAAUAA